AUGGAGAAUUGCAAACCAAUUUCAACGCCAAGUGAUGUUAAUCACAAAUUAUCGCUGAGUGACUAUGACGAAGAAUUAGUUGGCGGGCCUUACCAGGAAGCUGUAGGAAGCCUGUUAUAUUUAGCACAAGGCGUAAUUUACUGCAACGAUCUUAGAGGACUACAGGAAGACUACAUACUUUCGGAAUUAGAUACGCAAAACGUAAUUGAAGUUAAGAAAAUCCUAAAGAAAUCCGACUACGAACUCAUUGAAACGGGAUUGAUAAUACUCACAUUCGAAACAACAAAUCUACCAUCAGAGAUAAGAAUCGGUUAUGAAAAGGUCAACGUUUGGCCCUACAUUCCUCUACCACUCAAAUGCAAUAAUUGUCUAAGGUAUGGGCAUACAGCAAAAAUCUGCAAAGCUGAAAGAACAUGCGCAAAUUGUGCAAGCAAUUAUCACUUGAACGACGAUAUGGAAGAGAAAUGCAAAAACGAGGAGGCUUGCAUAAACUGCAUUAGACAACUACAACAACCCACCAACCACAUCGCCACUGACAAAAAAUGUCCCAUCUUCCUCAAACAAAAAGAAAUACAAGCGAUUAAAACUACACUCAAAAAAGACUACAAAGGUGCGCUAGCCAUCUACAACGAAAGACACCAACACAAUCAGCAACCAUACUCAACAAUAGUAAGAAAUAAUCCCAACACAA